AUGUCUCACGAGAGCAGCAACAGCUCCAAGAUGGAAGCAAGCUACCCGACAGAAUCGACCAACAACGGCGAGUACUCCGCGCCCGACGCGCCUGACAGUGAACAGGAGGAACAAGAGCAGGGUAAUGUCGUAGGCCCAAUUGCUGGUGCUGAGCCCGAUUAUGCGACAGGCCUGCGUCUGUUACUCAUCAUGUUCACCAUCUUCCUGAGCACUAUCCUCGCCGCCCUGGAGAUUGGUAUAAUCGCCACCGCAAUUCCUGGUAUCACCGACGAAUUCCACCGACUUGACGACGUCGGAUGGUAUGGAAGCGCCACCUUCCUUCUGGCCGGAGCCUCUUCGCCGAUGUGGGGAAAGAUAUACAAGUACCUCAACGUCAAGUUCGCUUACCUUGCCUCUGUCGCAUUGUACCUGGUUGGAAGCCUUGUGGCCGCAGCGACCCCCAAUAGCGAAGCCGUCAUCUCCUCGUCAUCAACUUGGUGGCCCACCCUAAGAAAGAGCCAUCCUGUUCUGAUCGGUAGCUGGAUGGGCGUGUUCAUGAUAUCAACUAUUCUCGGGCCCGUGAUCGGCGGCGCCUUCACGAGCGCAGUCACAUGGCUAUGGUGUUUAUGGAUCAAUCUACCGCUCGGGGUUCCCAUCAUCGCCCUGGUAUUGCUCUUCUUGCAGAUGCCUAGGCAUGUCAAGCCCGCUCCCGCCACAUGGAACGAGAUUAUCUUACAACUCGAUCUUCCGGGCUUUAGCUUGUUGCUCGCAUCACUCGUAUGCUUGACCUUUGCAUUGCAAUGGGGUGGCCAAACCAAAGUGUGGGACGACGGCUCUGUGAUAGCCACCUUGAUCCUGUGGAUUCUCCUGGUUAUUGUUUUCAUUGGCGUUGAGUGGCUUCAGGGCGGUCGUGCCAUGAUUCCCUUGAAGCUGAUGAAACCACGCAUGACAUGGACCAACGCAUUGUACUGCUUUAUCUCCAACGCCGCCCUCUUCGUGGUUAUUUUUUAUCUUCCCAUCUACUUUCAGUUCAUCCACGGCCAAUCCGCCAUUACCAGCGGCGUCAACACCCUUCCGUUCCUGGCGUUCUUCGCUGUGGGGUCUCUGGUCAGUGGUGUCAUUGUUGGGAAAACACGCUACCUACAGCCGUACCAGCUAAUUAGUGCCCUUUUGAUGACUGCUGGCAUGGCCUUUUUCUAUACCCUGGAAGUGGACUCAUCCCAAGCUCGGUACAUUGGUCCUCAGGUUCUGUUCGGGUUUGCCCUCGGCCUCGGCAACCAGGUCCCGAUGACGGCAGUGCAGGGUUUCUCGAAGCCCGGAGACGUGGCAAGUUCCACUGGUAUCAUGCUCAUGUGCCAAUCCAUCAGCGGUGCAUAUUUCUUGGUGGUAGCACAGUCCAUCUUUGCCAAUCGCAUGUUGCAGACUCUCCUGACAACUGCCCCCAAUAUCGACGCUGUCAAAGUCAUCAACACUGGCGCUUCCGAGAUCCAGACCGUCUUUAGUGGAGCAGCAGAUCUGCCUGCUGUGCUCGGUGCUUACAUGGUUGGGGUUCAGGACACAUUUGCAAUCGCUAUGGUCGGAUCGGCACUCGCUGUCGUCCUGUCGCUUGUGAUUCCCUUUCGAAGGCUUCCGAAUCAUGAUAGUAAGAAGACGGAGGAUAAAGUGCCGACUGUGGAGGCCUGA